AUGGAACAGGAUUACCGUGUAAACAUCUUCCUCCGCCAGCAGUGGAACGACCCCAGACUCGCCUAUGCAGAAUACCCCGACGACUCCCUGGACCUGGACCCAUCCAUGCUGGACUCCAUCUGGAAACCAGAUCUGUUCUUUGCCAACGAGAAGGGAGCCCACUUUCAUGAAGUCACCACAGACAACAAACUGCUCAGGAUAUUUAAGAACGGCAACGUUCUGUACUCUAUAAGGCUGACUCUAACUCUGUCGUGUCCCAUGGACCUGAAGAACUUCCCGAUGGACGUCCAGACGUGCAUCAUGCAGCUGGAGAGCUUCGGUUAUACCAUGAACGACCUGAUCUUCGAGUGGCAGGAAAAUGGCCCGGUCCAGGUGGCAGAGGGCCUCACGCUCCCACAGUUUAUCCUCAAAGAUGAGUCGGACCUAAGAUACUGCACCAAGCACUACAACACCGGUAAACACACACAAACACACAGCCCAGGGCGUCUGGACAUAGGUAACACUCUCAGAGCCAAACAGCUGCCAUGUUUCAUCAGUCCUGUUGGUGCCGCCGGCUGCGAGGAGGAGAGGCGUCCAGUCUCCUAUGUGAAGGCCAUCGACAUCUGGAUGGCCGUGUGUCUCCUGUUUGUCUUCUCUGCCCUGCUGGAAUACGCAGCCGUCAACUUUGUGUCAAGACAACACAAAGAGCUGCUGCGCUUCAGGCGGCAAAACAAGAGCAAGAAUAAGGAAGGAGAGAUCCAUGAGAGCCGGCCGACCUCCGCGGCUGCUGUGACAUCCACCCCCAGCAGCACCAAGGACUCCAAAACCAACAUCAACAACGCCGUAGCAGUGCUGGGUACCCCUAAAGGAGCAGUCAGUACUUCCCAGAAUCCACCUGGAGGAGGAGGAGGAGGAGGAGGAGGAGGUAAAAGCACGGAGGAGAUGAGGAAGCUUUUCAUCGACCGAGCCAAAAAAAUCGACACAGUGUCGAGAGCCGGCUUCCCUCUGGCCUUCCUCUUCUUCAACAUCUUCUACUGGGUCCUUUACAAGAUCCUGAGACAUGAGGACUUCCACAGGGCGUGAAGGAGGCUCCUCCAAGCGCCGUCCAGGAUGGUCCCAACAUCUUAGCUCUGAGGAGGUCCGACUGUAAAGCUUGGACCCUAUUUAUACUGACACUGUUAAGGUUUAAACUUUAAGAUGUUUAGUUAAAAAAGAUAACUGCCACGAUAAUCAGAUCCAGCUUUAUGGCCCCGGAUGUUAAAAUCCAAACCUCAGGAAGUGAUGCUGAAGAUCUGCAGGGUGAAGCUGCGUGAUGUCACCACUUUUCUCCACCAAAGAUAACCCAGCCCGGCGGAUGGACAACAGGAUUUCAGCUCCCAGCAGCCGGUCCAGUGAGGGACCGUUCCAGCCCUCAGAUGGACCUCCUGGUACCUUUCAGGGGGUUUUGGGUCCAGAUUCUUCGUUUAUUCUCACUGGUUCAGUUCUGUCCCAAAGCUUUGCCCGGUUCUGACUGCGGCUCCUUGGUCAUGUUUGUUCCUGCCUAUGUUGUUUGUAAAACUCUCCUUGUGAUUUAUUCUGUCAGCGUUCGUUAAAGUCCGCUCGUUAACUACAGUCAGAGUCAGUUCUGGAACCAACAAUACAACCAAGGUGCCAAACGGUUCCGGUUCCCUCUGCUGACUCCUUCAGCCGCCUGCUGCUCCUGGUUCAGGUUCAGCUGAUGUUAGAAGGUUACCUGACCUGCAGCUCCUCUGACUUCUGGUUCCCUCAGCAGAGGGUCACAGAUGAGGAGUUUCUCCUCCUUUGUGCCAAAGGUGAGACGUAAGGAGGUGGCCGCUCCUCUAAGGACUCAGAUUUCCACUGGAACAAGUUUCCUACGAGCAUCCAGCAAAUCCUUGUUUUCAUCUCCAGGAUGAAAGCUCUAAUGGAAAAAUCAG